AUGCAGACGAUCGAGCUCGAUUUCUGCGCCUUCACGAUCUCAAGCGACGAGCUGGUCCGUGUCGUUGAGCCGUCCUCCUUCGUCGGCCUGUUCGACCCCGAAGAUCCUCGCACGCGCGAUGCCGAACCAUACGAUGCGUGGGUCUAUGUCGGCGAGAUCGACAGGCACUGCAUCCGCGUCCCCACGGAGUUCAAGCAGCCCCUCUGCAACGCAAUCAACAUGCUGCCUCGCGGCGAACGCUUCAAGCCUCAUCCCGACUCGAUGCUGCUCUCCUGCCUCGACGCGUCAUGGGCCGACAGCCCAGAGUCCGGGUCUUCUUGGCACUCUGACCGCAUCACGGCCCAGCAGCUCGUCGAAGCGCUGCACUCGGCUGCCUGCCCCAGGCUGAGGGUGUCGACGUCGGGCGACGAUGAGCCCGCCCUUCCCUUGCCCCAACCAGAGCGACUGGUGGAGCGCGAUACCGUCUGGAUCUUUCGCACCAAGAUCCUCACUCGAGGAAUCACGGCGCUCAGAGCCGCUCCUGGAGGCGCAGCGCACACCUUUCCCGGAUUUGGAGCGCUAGGCGAGGGAUUCGGCAUCGUCGACAUCCCCCUGCCCUCCCGAACGGACGGCAUCUACCAAGUCCGAGUGGGUCAGACCUUCCUUCGGGGCAUUCCGUACGUCGGCGCUCUGCCGGAUCAGACGUGGGACGACGACAAGGUGAAGGAUGUCUUUGAACAGACCUCGCACAACUUCAGCGAGUGGUUCAACCACAUCGAGAUGUGGUGGCCAGCCUGCGCACUGUCGGGCGCCGCCGUCGAGGUCUUUGUGCGCGCCGAGUCGGUAGAGUCGGCAAGGCAGGCAAUCGCGGCAUCGGGGCUGCUCAACUGGCACGGUCUCGUCCAAGGUCGGGUGACCGGCUGCCCACUCGAGACACGCACCUUCUCGAGGUACGCUUACCUUUGGCACAUGGGCAGGGCCAACGGCCUGGCACACGACGCGUGGGAGUCGAUGGAGACAUUCGACAAGGCCGAGGCCACGCGCAUCCUAUCGCGCCUCUUCGAGGCCAUCAGCUACAUCGUCCCGCUGCAGAGCCACCCCUCCGGACCUAAGCUCUUCGUCGGCGUCUAG